UCCUAGACUUGGUACUUACUCACUCGUCCAGCAGCCCCGGGUUCGCGUUCUUGUUCAGCAGCAGCGCCUUGCCGAGCGAGUCGAGGCCGACGCGGCCCUGGUCGUGGCUGAGGACGAUGAGCGCGUACCACGCGCCGAACAACGUGGAGAAGCCCGCCAUGUCCAAGCAGGCCUCGCAGAAGUAGUGGCCCGCGCCGAUGCCCGCGGCGAAGAGAGCGAGCACGACGCAGGACCGCCGCAGGACGGGCCCAAACUUCGCCGACGCCUUGGCCUUCGCGCCAGAUAACCCAAUCGCGUCCGUCGCGUAAUUUGUAAGUUUUUGCAUGUGGAUCGUGAGCAUCCACGUGAUCGUUAAUAAUACGUCGACGGAGACCGCGUUCACGAGGCCGAAGCCGGCCGCGAGCCACAACGCGCCCCGCCUCGCCGACGCGCCGCCGAACACGUCCGAGCACCGGAACAGCAGGAACGUCGCCAGCGCGAUGACUCGCGACUUCGUGCGCGGCGUCGCGCGUUGGUCCAAAAUGCGCUGGCCGCUGCAACCGGCGAGAUAACUCAGGAUCAUACAUCCAAAGAAUCGCGCGUCCGCCCACUUCGCAUCCACUAAGGCGCACGUGCCCUUGAUGAGGUUGCCGGUCAUCAUCGUCGCGAAGCAGCCGUGCUUCUUGAAGAGCACGACGUCCGCCACGCCCGCGUUGAAGGAUAGGAGAGCGAUGAGGCGCUUCUGGACCUUGUUGCCCGCGGCGGCCACCGGUGCGGGCGGUGCGGCCGGCGCGGCGGCCCUCUGCAAGCUGGGGAGCCGUACGCGGUGCGCCGGGCUCCGCAAGGCGGCAGCCGUCGAGCACACGAGGAGGAGGGUGCGCAUUGGUGGGAUUGGCUGCGUCAGCGCGUCGAGAUGCAAGUCGCACCGAACUGCGAGCUGGUUUGACCAUGCGCGGCCUACUAGCGGCAGAGCAAAACGCAAAACACACGCUGGUGAAGCUAUUCAAGCUAUUCUGCACAUAACGUGCUCGCAAAACACCACACUACUCACUCACCCUGGUUUUCUCGAGCGCUUCGUCUUCUUUCUACCUGCGCACAGAGCAAGCAUGCCAAGCCUCCGCAGCUGGCUCCUGUUAGCCCUGCUGCACGCGCAAACGGAAGCCCUCGCGGCGAGGGGUCGCAUGCCCUCGCUCGCGGACCGGCGCUCCAUCAGCGAGGCCGAGUGCCGCACGUGCCUCGAAACGGGCCAGAUCGGCGCGAAGUACGACCAAGGGUUAGAUACCUACCGCGUGCCGAUGGCGCUGCAUGCGCUGAAUAGGGCGAGGCUCUGCGACCGCAUGAAGGCGCAUCGAGGCGUUGUGUUAGUGCAGGGCGGCGACCAGCAAUUGAGGUACGACACGGACCAUGAACCCGUCUUCCGCCAGGAGUCGUACUUCCAGUGGCUGUUCGGGGUCUCCGAGCCGGGUUGCUACGGUGCAGUAAACUUGCAGGACGGCUCCGCGACUCUAUUUGUGCCCGAUCUACGCAGCGAGGCCUACGAGGUCUUUUGUGGUAGGGCGCCGUCGUGCGCAGCGUUUGUCGAAAAGUACGCGGUCGAUGCGUGCUACUUCACGGGCAGCCUCCAGAACUGGCUCGCGGACGCGAUCGCGACGGACGACACAGCUAAGGUGUACUUGUUGCACGGGCGGAACAGCGACAGCGGCAACUACGCGGCGCCGGCUUCCUUCGACGGCGACGACGUUUUUCGCGAGCGACGGGACCUUACCACAUUAUUCGACGCCAUCGCCGACUUGAGGACCAGAAAAACGGCGGCCGAGGUCGAGGUCAUGCGGUACGUCAACUGGGUGUCGUCCGGCGUGGAAAUCAACCAGUGCGUCGGGUGCUCAUUUUCUCGGCGAUGGCGCGGCUGCGCUGGCUCCGUCGAGCAGUGAGGAACCGGCACCGCCACGCUAUCGAGCAGGCGUCGCGUCGAUGGCGUGGAGGUCGACGCGACGAUCCAGCACACAGGUCUCUUCCAUGGCGCACUCGGAGGUGAUGCGGUACGCGAGGCCGGGCCAGAUGGAGUACCAGCUCGAGUCGCUGUUCAUGCACCACACGUACACGCACGGGGGGUGUCGCCACAUGGCGUACACGUGCAUCUGUGCUUGUGGCCCGAACCCGGCCGUGCUGCACUACGGCCACGCGGGCGCGGGCUCCGCGUGGGAACCGUCCGCGCGACGGCGCGUAGAGUCGAUGACCACGCAGGCGCGCCGAACGCGCGGUUACUUAAAGAGGGCGACCAGGCGCUAUUGGACAUGGGCGCGGAGUACCAUUGUUAUGCCAGCGACAUCACGUGCAGCUUCCCCAUCUCCUCGGACUUCACGUCGGAUCAAAUUUUGGUCCACGAGGCCGUGCUGGCGGCGCAGGUGGCGGUCAUUGGUGCCUUGAAGCCGGGCGUCGCGUGCUGUGUGGAAAUCAAAAUUUUACGGCGCGUUCUCGACGCGACGCCUGCUCGAUGGCGUGGCGAUGCCGGUUCCUUACCGCUCGACGGAGCCAGCACGGCCGCGUCAUCGCCGAGAAGUGCACGCAACACACUGGUUGAUUUCCACACAGGUCGCGUGGCCGGACAUGCACCGCCUCGCCGAGCGGACGAUCCUGGAACACUUAACCAGGGGAGGCGUCCUCGCGGGCGAUAUUGAGGAGAUGCUGGCGGCCGACCUGGGCUCGACCUUCAUGCCGCACGGCCUCGGGCACCUGAUCGGGCUGGACACGCACGACGUGUGUGCCGGUGUGGAAAUCACGCGGUGAGUUAGGUUCGUACGGUCACGGCGUCGCGUCGACGCCGCGGGGCGCCCGAAGUUCGACGUCCGCGCAGGUCGGCGGCUACCUGGACGGCAACCCGGACCGACCGCAGAGACCGGGCCUCAAUAAAUUGAGAACGGCGCGGAUCGUCGAGGAGGGUAUGAUGCUCACUGUGGAGCCGGGCUGCUACUUCAUCGACCGGUUGUUGGACGACGCGCUCAAGGACCCUUCUCUCGCAAAGUUCCUGAACGCCGACCGACUGCGAGAGUUCCGGGGUUUUGGGGGCGUGCGACUCGAGGACGACGUCUUAGUUCGGGCCGACGGCGUCGAGAACCUGUCGCUCUGUCCGCGGACGGUGGAGGAGGUCCGAUCGGUUAAGAACGGUGGGAGCUGGCCGCCCGUCGCCGACGCGUGCCCGGCGCUGCGGCGGGCGUGGUGCGCGCCGAACCCCACGGUGCCCGGGGGGCCGAUGAAGCGCGUCCGCCUGCCCGGCGCGUGAGCGACCCGUUGUGAACUAAAUUCUUGUGACUAGCCACAUAGCAUAAUUAUACCAUGC